CCGGAGCGGGUGUCAAUGCGGGACCUGGACGGAAGUGCCGUACGGUUCCGCCCCCAAAUGUGCUUACGAUGGGCGCCGCCAUAUUCCUCCGCCGGAAGAGGGUCGCAUCUUAUUGUCCUCGGGGGGAAACACGAGUGGAGGAGGCAGUACGGCCCGGCGCCAAGCUGCGCUGAUCGCUGCUUUUGGAUCCCCUUUACGGGCAACGGGAGAAUUUAUGUCGAUGGAAGCAGACGGUGCACAGGUCGCCGUCUCAUACUUAGCGAAAGAGCCCUUUCCUGUCCGGCCACGACUUUUCCCCGCCAAAGACCCAGCUCCGCGCAGCAAAGCGCCAGCCCUUUUGACGCGCCCGUCCGAGCCGCCAGCCGUGGCGCCGGCCUGCUCUACCCCGAACACAUCCCCACGUCCCCGCUGCAGAAGGCGCUGCUGGCCGCCGGCUCCGCGGGAAUGGCGCUCUACGACCCGUAUCGCCACGACAUGGUUGCAGUUCUAGGGGAGACCACUGGAUUCCGCGCCCUGCAGGUCCUCAGAGACCAGAUGAGGAGGGAUCCGGAGGGUGCCCAGAUCCUGCAGGAACGUCCCCGGAUCUCCCUAUCCACCCUUGACCUAGGCAAACUCCAGAGCCUGCCUGAGGGCUCCCUGGGCCGCGAGUAUCUCCGUUUUCUGGAUGAAAAUAGGGUCUCCCCAGAUACCCGGGCACCCACCCGCUUCGUGGAUGACGAGGAGCUGGCGUACGUGAUCCAGCGGUACCGGGAGGUGCACGACAUGCUCCACACGCUGCUGGGGAUGCCCACCAACAUCCUGGGGGAGAUCGUGGUGAAGUGGUUUGAGGCUGUCCAGACCGGCCUGCCCAUGUGCAUCCUGGGUGCACUCUUUGGACCGCUCCGUCUCAGUGCCCAGAGCCUGCAAGUGCUGGUCUCGGAGCUGAUCCCGUGGGCAGUUCAGAAUGGGCGCCGGGCCCCCAGCGUCCUCAACCUGUACUACGAGCGGCGCUGGGAGCAGCCCCUGAGGGCCCUGCGGGAGGAGCUGGGCAUCACCGUCCCCCCAUGCGUGACCAGGGCCUCGCUGCGCCCCUGAGCCGCGAGCCAGGAGGGCCUGACGCGG